AAUAUCCUGCCUUGGUUGGGUUGGGUUGGGCGGGUUCUUGGGCGGCGCGGGGUUUCUUGGGGCAUGGCCGUGGCGGCGGUGCCGGACACGACGCUCGCCCGCCGAAUGCUGCGGGUCGUCAGGCUCAACCCGCUGCAGCGCAGCGCCAAGAAUCCCUGAGGUUAUUUCUCUUGAAGUGAUAUUCAGAUUGGAAGGUAGUAUUGAUUCACCUGAGCAAGUCAAGCUGUCCAGUUAGCUCAAAGCAUUAAAGAUUGGAAUUUCACACGCGCAUUGCAUUCACACUGUGAUUUCCCUUUGGUAUCCUGUGAUGUGAUGAUCAGUGCUGGUUGCCGUCCGGGUCAAGGGGAAUUUUAGCAUGAUUGCUACAUGCUCAUUGUUUUGACUGUAAUACUAAUGGGAGCUAAAGUGGAAGGUGAGAGUUACAAUCCUGGAUACUAUGCUACAGGGGAUCUGCACAUGGACUCAAAUGGUUGGCGCUCUCCAUACUAUGAGGAUAAUACAUCAAAUGGGCAGUUGUACAAUGGCUUCAUGACGAAGCAGGCAGACGGUUAUUCAGAAUACGACAACGAAACGCUAAAGCGCACAAUGCUUUCACAUGAAGCUAUGUUUAGACAGCAGGUUUAUGAACUGCACCGGGUUUACAAAAUACAGAGAGACCUGAUGAAGCAUUAUGAAAACAAAGACGCAUAUGCAUACCCAGAACUGGCAGACGCAUCACAGACAAAUUCGUCAUCACAAGUUCCACCAAAUGGCUCAAAGAUGAUAUGGCAGAUGCCUCUGGUGGCCAAAACAUACGGAGAGGCUACUGUUGCAGUGCACACUGAUACAAACCACUCCUUGAAGUUCCUUAGUGAUGGCAGUGUCCUGCCCUCUCCAAAUGGAUUCCCCUCAAAUGGUGUUGCUUUAAAUACCAAGCAAGGCAUUAUUGACCUUGAGCUUCCAGCUGAUCAUUAUAUAGAUGAUGACAACACAUCAGAUAAUAAGCCUAUAGAUUUCCUUGGUGUAGAUUCGGGUACAAAACCUCCGAAUGAUGCCAGGGUCACAUUCAGUGGUGCAGAAGGCCUGGGGAGGUUCAAUGAUAAUAGCUCAACCUCUGGUUUGCUGACUACCAAUAAACCGGGAGGCUGCCAUGUCGCUGACCUGAAUGAGCCAAUUACUGGGAUGCAUAUGGGUGGAACAAACGGGUCCGUAUCCAGAGCUCUCCUGUAUACCUUGGAGAACUCUUGUCGCCAAUCUGCAGUGAGAUCAAGCACAGCUAACUUUGGUUUCAAUAAAGAAUACUCCAAAGAGAAGCAUACUGACGAAGGAACAAGCUCAAAUUUCCUUGAUGCAAGUGCCAAACUAAGACAGGAGGAGAAAUCAUUGAUUGAUAAAGGAAAACAAGUCAGCAACCAAUCUUUUUUUACACCCAGAUACAGCAAUGUUGAUCUGCAAAAAUCCUUCAAAGUUGCUGAUGGGAGAUCUGCAACCAAUGAGUUUAUUUACCAUGGUCAAAACAGUUCAGUUGGAUGGUUUUCAAAAGGUCCUAUGGGAGCAUCUCCCAUCAAUAAUUUUGCUAGACUUGACCAUCCACAUCAUUCAAGUAUUGGUACACCUGUUGCUCCAAUCUCCAUUCCUCACAUAGACCAUCCUUCCGUCGCCUCUCCUAUAGGUUCUUGCACAGUGGACCCAAGGAGCAGUGUUAUCAACAAUGCUUUCCAGCGAGUUCCAAGUUUCAAUGGAUCUUCAACUGUUAAUUCAUACAAGAGUCCUAGUGCUGUGACCCAAAGCAUUGGACCUUCGAUUCAUAAGCUGAAAAGAUUUGAUAAUUUGGAUGGUAGUUACUUUGGCUUUCCACCUGAUCCAUUUUCCGCAUCACGAUCCAGACAACAGGUUGCAAUUUCGAGCGAGUUGGAGCAAAGGAACUGCCUGAUGUUUGAACAUUCAGCAGCACGGCAGUCUCAUGGGUAUCCUCAGUCCACAAACGGCAAGGGCACAAAGAACUUUAAUUUGAAUGAAGCACUGUCAGAUGGUCUGGAAGAGCUUGUAGAACAGGAUGGGAGAUCUGUUGGUAGUUUGCAGCAUAGUAAAGGUGAAGGAUCAGUAUUUGGGAUCUCUUGGCUAAAAAAUAAAGCUACUUGUGCUGACCCAACAGGGCUGGAAAAGCAAAGAAAGAUGCUUGGCCAUUCCAACGGGACUGCAGCAGACACGAAAAUCAACAAUAACUUGACGGGAAUAACACCGAUUGUUUGCAAUUUGUCAGAUUCUGCCUCAACGUCCCUAGGUUGCAGAAUUAAGAUAGAUGAUGCUUCUGAAGGCAUCACUGAUAGAACUUGGCUGGUAUGUAAUAAGACUGAGGAGAGUACCACGAGACAUUUACCACUUUCAAGCCAGAAACCCUUGGAUAGAGAUGGACAAGCUGCUGAAGGUGUUGUCAACAAAAGUGGUGCGGCCGUCGUCAGAAAUUUGUUUGAUCUGAAUGAUGAUGUACCACAUGAAGACAACUCAGAGUCAUCAGUAGUGUCACAUGAAUGUGAUGUGGCGGCCUUACAGAACAACCAUGCUAAGCGCACAUUUUUGUUUGACUUAGAAGAAGUGCCAGCUUGUGAAGAUGGUGCUGCCUGGACUUCUCAACAGGAAUGCACACCUUCUGGCAAACUUGGUGCAUCCAAGGAAGUUGAUUUGUGUUUUCCAUCCGCUACAGAUGCAGCGCAGAUUAUUCUUGCGUUGUCAACGGAUGUGCCGACCACCACAGGCACACCCGAUGAUAUGUUGCAGUGGUUUGCAGAGCUCGCGAUAUCAAACAUGGAUGACCAUGCCGAGCAAGCAAAAGUCCAGGGUUGCAUCGAUAAUUCCAGUGAUGAUGGUUCAGACUCAUUUGAAGCCUUGACACUGAAGCUGGAAGAGUGCAAGACCGAUGAGCGCUGGACCAGGACACCAGAACCACCACUGACAGAUGAUGACCAAGCUGUUUCAGCGGUGAACCUGCUGUCCAAGCCAAAAAGAGGACCGCAAAGGAAGCGGCGGCAGAAGCGAGACUUCCAGAAGGACAUCUUGCCCGGGCUUUCAUCGCUUUCCCGGCCUAAGAUCAUAGAGGACAUUCAGCUAAUUGAGGGGUUAGUACAGGCAUCUGGUGGAUCAUGGGAGUCGAGUUUAACCAGGCGAGCGCGUGGUGGGCGAACAAGAGGUAGAAAGCCCCGCAAAAACGAGCCAGCUACCGUAGAGAUAGAAGCCGAGGCCGAGGCGAGCCCGCCCUCAAAACCCGACUCCAUUGGCUUAGAAGCUGAUGAAAGGGGCAUGGUUAGCUGGGGGCGAACAACAAGGCGGUGUCGCAAGCCAAGAUGCCCGUUGGGCAAUAGCGUCGCCGCUUCGUCCUGAACGACCUCUGAUACUGGUCGGUUUCGGAUUCAGAUUCUCCAUCAGAGAUUGCGGUGGACUGGUAUAAAGGUAAAAAAAAAUAUCACAGCCAUGAGUGUGCAUACUCUGCUGGCCUGUUUGGCCGGCCUCCCCCCUGCAGAGAUUUCAUGCCUUUUCAGGUCGAAACAUGGUGUACAUUUUUUUCUAUAAUAAAUUCUUAAACUAGUCUAUAUAUGACAAUUUCUGUAACAGCGUUGUAUUAAGCUGGGUCCAGGGCCUGAGCUGAGAGGCCUGCUGUAAUUCUUGAGAUAGUGGCGAGGUACCUUGACUGGCCGGUACUCGGAAAUCAAAGAGGCUAAUCGGUGUAGUUCUAUAUAGUUUUAUCAUGUUUUGUUUUGUGUUUCUG